CUUUACAGCCGCUUCGCUGCCCACCCCGGCACCCAUGAAUGAAGAUGUCACUAAAAUAUUACUAUGAUCUGCUUUCACAGCCAUCGCGUGCUCUGCACAUAAUCUUCCGGCUCAGCGGGCUGCAGUUCGAGGAGUGUCCGGUUGCGCUCCGCAACGGUGAGCACUUGACCGAUGAGUUCAAACAAAACAUAAACCGCUUCCAGCGCGUGCCAUGCAUCAACGAUAAUGGCUACAAAUUGGCAGAAAGCGUGGCCAUAUUGAGAUACCUGAGUGCGAAGGGCAAAGUCCCUGAGCACUUGUACCCAAAGUAUUUUGUGGAUCAGGCGCGUGUAGACGAGUUCCUAGAAUGGCAGCAUAUCACACUGCGUGUAACCUGCGCUAUGUAUUUUCGAACCAUCUGGCUGGACCCGCUUCUAACAGGUCGGUCGCCUAGCGCGUCGAAAAUUGAAACAUUGCGUCUACAUAUGGAGCGCACUCUGGACAUUGUGGAGGAGGUCUGGCUGGCACAGUCGGAAUUUCUCACGGGGCCAACUUUGACGGUAGCCGAUGUGUUUGCUGCUUGCGAAAUCGAACAGACGCGCAUGGCUGACUAUGAUGUGCGGAUCAAGUAUCCCAAAAUACGCGCCUGGCUGAAGCGUGUGCGGGCCGCCUGCAAUCCGCAUUAUGAUGUGGCGCAUCAAUUUGUUUAUAAAAUUUCUGGGACCGGGCCACAGGCAAAGCUUUAAGUGCGAAUUAUAUAUAAUUAAGGCCUUCAAUCGGCCUAGAUUAUAUGAUGUCAGAUGAUCGACCUGCAAUAAAUAAUGCAGCAUUUUCUAAACAUUUA